AAAUCAAUUGAAUUAUUAUUAUUGGAUACUUUAUAUAAAUUUACGCUCUUUUUCAAAAUACUUCUCAAAUAACCUUACGCACAUGAAACAUAGCUGAAGCAGCUGACCGUGGCUGCCACUAUGAAACAUAAAAACAGACAGAAAGAUCUCAUGGAUUUUGUAUUAUAAAUUUUGUUAAAGUUAGUGGACUUAAGCAAUUGAUAGUAAUUCUAUGUAUUUAUAAAUUUUUUUUAUCAAAAAGAAAGUUUGCUAAUGGAAAAUAUACGGAAUAAAAUUCGCGUCCAUCAUAACAACACUCGAUAUGGCAAAGUUUGUGUUUUCUUGCCAUCAGCAGAAAUACGAACUCUUAUUACAAAUUGAUUUUGUACCGCAUCUGUUGGCAUCUUUUUAUAUCUUUGCUGUUGGUGCGAAACGUGGGCUAACGGUGUAGUGUGUGAAUUUGUUUAUUUUUUAUUUAAACAAAUUUUCCAUCAGUAUCAAUAUGUUUGCAUCUGUAAAACAUUUACUUUCUAAAAAGCGUAUUGUACUAGCAAGCACUUCCCCACGAAGGCAUGAACUCAUAAAAUCAAUUGGGGUUGGCGUUGAACUAUGUCCAUCGGAUUUUGAAGAGAAUUUGGAUUAUCGUGAUUUUAAAAAGUUCUCAGAAUUUGUAGAAGCUACAGCUGCUGGUAAAGCAAAGAUGGUGUAUGAUAGUUUGCAUGCCAGUGACCCAACAGCGGAUUUAUUGGUUAUUGGCGCUGAUACAAUGGUCACUUUAGAUAACGAAGUUUAUGGAAAACCGAAAGAUGCGGCUGAUGCUGUGCGAAUGUUAACGAAUCUCUCUGGCAAUUGCAAUCGUACACAUACUGGCAUAGCGAUAUGCCAUAGUAAAGGCACUCGGCUUUUUACAGAAACUACUGAUGUAUAUUUCGGCGAUUUGACUAAAGAACAAAUUCAAGAGUAUGUCGACAGCGGUGAACCACUUGACAAAGCCGGCGCUUAUGGUAUACAAGGCAUCGGUGGAUCUCUAAUUGCUAGAAUCGAAGGUGAUUAUUAUUGUGUUAUGGGUUUGCCAAUGCAUCGUUUAUGCAAAGAAAUUUGUGCUUUGUUGGAGGAGUCCGAAUAUGACUGCACUGCCGAGAAGAAUGACAAGAAAGUGUAAUUUUCUAUUAUUUAAGAAAGUAACUAAUUAACUAAAUGAAACCACAUUAAAUAGGUACCUCUUUUAACUGCUAUGAUAUUUAUUUAUAUUCAUAUGUGUGUAAACCAAAGAAAUGUAUAAGCGAAUAGGAAUAAAUAAUUCAACAUUUUUAGUUUCGCAUUAAAAAA